CGCAGUGAGGCCAGCUGGCUCGUACAGACAAGUGGGUGGGGGAAUCCAGAUAUUCUUGUUGCACCUUCAAUCUUGAAAUUCAUGGGAUGGGCUACAAGAAAAGAGAUGGGCUGGCUUUCCUGAAGCACUAAAGAACAGGGACACUGAAACCUCCUGCAAGUUCAUUCCUUGCUAAAGAUAAGAGGACGGACAUACAGCCGCCGUUUCAUAGAAUUUGCCAUGGAGAAGAUCUCAGUGUCAGCAUUCUUGCUCCUUGUCGUCCUCUCUUACACUCUGGCCAAAGAUAUCACAGUCAAAUCAGGAGCUAAGAAAGACACAAAGGACUCGGCACCCAAACUGCCCCAGACCCUCUCCAGAGGUUGGGGUGACCAACUCAUCUGGACUCAGACAUACGAAGAAGCUUUAUACAAAUCCAAGACAAGCAACAAACCCUUAAUGAUCAUUCAUCACUUGGAUGAAUGCCCACACAGUCAAGCUUUAAAGAAAGUGUUUGCUGAAAAUAAAGAAAUCCAGAAAUUGGCAGAGCAGUUCGUCCUCCUCAAUCUAGUUUAUGAAACAACUGAUAAACACCUUUCUCCUGAUGGCCAGUAUGUCCCCAGAAUCAUGUUUGUUGACCCAUCCCUGACAGUUAGAGCUGACAUCACUGGAAGAUACUCAAAUCGUCUCUACGCUUACGAACCUUCAGAUGUAGCUCUCUUGCUUGACAACAUGAAGAAAGCUCUCAAAUUGCUGAAGACUGAAUUGUAGAGAAAAAGCAACAUCUGCAAGCUUUUCCUUCUGUGUCAGGCCUUGAGACUUAAGAAGAUCCUAGAAGACUUUGGAGAAUGCAGGAACACAGAUGGACACACUGAUUAAUUAGAUCAGGGUUAUUGUUACAACAGUUACUUUUUUUUUAAUUUGAAGUAUAUAUGUAUGAAAACAAUCUUGCAUACUACCAUAGUCAGCCAUGAUUUUUUUAAAAAAAAAUAAAUCCUUUUGGGGGUGUUCAAUGUUAUUUCUUCCCCCAACUUAGUCCUUCAGAGAAAAGCUAUUUAAUUCAUUCACCAAAUAGGACUUUUGGACACACAAAAUGUUCAAAGAGGAGACAAGAAGACAAACUUCACUGGAGCAAUGAAGACCAAAGACAGUCAAAGUUAUCACCUCACCUCAUUAUGUAGUUUGUCACUGGGUGCCUAAAAAUAGUCAUGAGCUUAGUCAACAGAAGCAUCAACACAGAAUAUGUGUUAGUGUAAAAGAAUAUGUACAAAGGCAUCCCAAGAAGAUUGGGUACCUAACUGAAGACAACCCCUCCCCACCCUGGUGGGGAACUCCUUAUACACACUUUAAGAAUUCAAUUUUAGUUAGAUAUUGCACAAUUUAACCCUCUCAGAGAAAGCCUCUAGCAGACAGCUUUCUCCAUCAGAGCACUAAUUCAGUGAAAAGGUCAUUCAAAGAACAUCUGCACCCUUGAACAUACCCUCAAGAAAUGCUAAGAACUAGCCUUAUGAUACAUUUGAUCUCUCAAAAUCAUUCAAGAAAAACAGAGUUCUGUGAAGAUGCCAAUGGCAACAUUAUUUAAACAUACUUUUAAAAAAAGGCAACCUGGAAAUAUAAUGGUUACAUAGUUUAUAAACUCACACGGCACUAUGUUGUGAUCUAUAAAAAUAAACACUAUGAAGAAACAAAAGGAUAAGUGAAAAAGAAUUUAGGAAUAUGUGCUGUAAUGGCAAAAGGAGGAAGUGUGUGCACACACAGGUUAGAAACAGAAGAUGCAAACACAUAAACUUUUGCUUUAAGCAUAUGGAAACAUCAGCAAAGCCUGUUCUAACAAACCCUUUCUUGCCAUCUCCCUAUCUUUCCUUUGUGUUCAAAUAAAUUUAAGCGAAAGCAUAUGUUGACAACCUAACUACACAGAAUUAGAAGAAUGCUGUAGGUCAAGGGAGUAUUAUUUCAAACAGCUGAAUAAAAAGGUUGGUAGCACAGUGUCAACAUAAAAUGGCGCAGCCACUAUAAAAUAUAUAUAUAUAUAUAUAUAUAUAUAUAUAUAUGGCUGUUCCUUACAAAAUUAAACCCAAAAUUACCAUAUAAUCCAGUAAAUCCACUUCUGAGUAUGUCCCCCAAACACCUGAAAGCAGGGAAAAGCUAUCUGUGUACUGAUGUUCAUAGCAGCAUUUGUCACAUAGUCAGGAGGAAGAAGCCACCCAAAUGUCCGUCGGUGGAUGGAUGGAUAAACAAAAUGCGAUAAACACAUACAAUGGAAUGCUAUGCAGCCUUAAAAA